AGUUUAAUGUGGCUGAAGCAGGAAGCAGUUUCAAGGGUUGAAUAUCUCAUAAAAUCUUUGGUCUACUUUAUGUUGCAUUAGGUAACAAGAUGAUGAUAGAGGAAACAAAGCGCAGUAUCCAUGAUGCUUUAUGUGUGGCUAGGAAUCUGAUCCGCAAUAAUUCUAUUGUCUAUGGUGGUGGGUCAGCGGAGAUUUCUUGCUCAAUUGCCGUAGAGGCAGCUGCAGAUAAGUAUCCAGGAGUUGAGCAGUAUGCUGUCAGGGCAUUUGCAGAUGCUUUGGAUUCUAUUCCCAUGGCACUUGCAGAGAAUAGUGGGCUCCAACCUAUUGAGACACUUUCUGCUGUGAAAUCUCAGCAAAUUAAGGAGAACAACCCUAACUGUGGAAUAGACUGUAAUGAUGUUGGCACAAAUGAUAUGUGUGAACAAAAUGUCUUUGAGACCCUCAUUGGCAAGCAGCAGCAAAUCUUGUUGGCAACACAAGUUGUCAAGAUGAUAUUGAAAAUUGAUGAUGUUAUCUCUCCGUCAGACUACUGAUACAGCAGCCCAGUGUUUCAAGUGAUUGCUUAACCAAGGGAAGGAGGUUGGAUUAGUGUGUUGGCUUGACAUGGCUUCUGAGUAAUUUUGGAACCAUAUGCUCACUUGAUUGAAGCAUUUUUUCUUAUAUUUUUGAACUGCCAUUUCUUGGCCUUGUAGAAUUUUAACUCUUCUUGUUUAUCAGUUUAUUUUGCUUGUUCUUAUCCCUUAAUUUAUUUGAUGGUCAAAUCUUUCUUCCUGGACAUAGGGGACACUGGAUUAUGAUGUUGCAAGGGUAUCUACUUGACAUGGGUCUUUCUGCACUUAUGAUCAUAGUCCAUUACAAUGUAUUUGCUUAUGAAAACGUCUUUUGGUCCCACAUGCAAGUUGGGACCCAAUAUGCAAGUUGAGACUCAAUAUGCAAGUUGAGACUCAAAUUCAGUAUGGCCUUGGUCAUGCCAAUUAUCCUAUUGUUGUUUAUGUACUUGUCUUUAAUGUGGUACAUAGGCUAUGAGAAUUAUCU